GCCGAGCGCCCCGCCCAAACGGUUUGGGGAAGCGGGGUCCCCUGUCCCGGGAGACUCCCUGCCCCGGCAGCGCGGUCCCUGGAAAGCGGGGCUCCCGAGCGGCCCCGGCCCUCUCUUCCUGUAGCCCCGGGGCAGCCGCCUCUUCCUGGGGACCACUCCCCCGGGCAGCCAGGCUCCUGGAACCUGGGGUUCCCUCCCGGGCCCGGCCCCCUCAUUCUACAGCCCCCUCCUCCUGGCACUCCCCUUCCCUCCCCGUGCGGCCCGCCCCCCAGCUCUCCCGGAGUGCCUCCAACCCCAACUAAGCGGGGAUGGGGCCGGCCUCCUGGAUUUUUCUCUGCCUGCUAGUCCAUUUUGCUCUUCUGGACAGACGGACGGAUGGUCGGAAGUAGCAGGACAAUCUCAAAAGCAGGGUCUCAGCAGAACAUUCUAGUUGGAAUUUGCGAGGUCUUGUGUCAAGACGUGAUCGGCCUCCCUUCCAACACAGCCGCCUUUUUCAUACUUGGGGGUCCUGGUUGCUCACGGGCGUUCAGGUUUCCUGCUGUAAUAGUUCAUUCCCAACGACUCACCGCUGUCCUCUGUCUCUGGGAAAAGAAUCGGCCGCGGACCAUUCCUGCUUCUGGGCUUCUGGGCGACGCGGGAGGAUGAAAGUCAUCACGUGCGAAAUCGCCUGGCACAACAAGGAGCCGGUGUACAGCCUGGACCUGCAGCCAGGCGCGGCGGGGCGGACCCACCGGCUGGCGUCCGCGGGCGUCGACACGGUCGUGCGGAUCUGGAAGGUGGAGAAAGGACCAGACGGAAAGGCCAUUGUGGAAUUUUUGUCCAGUCUUGCUCGCCAUACCAAAGCCGUCAAUGUCGUGCGUUUUUCUCCCAACGGGGAAAUGUUAGCCUCCGGGGGCGAUGAUGCGGUCAUUCUGUUGUGGAAGGUGAACGACAACAAGGAGCCAGAACAGAUCUUUCAGGAUGAGGAUGAGGCUGAGCUGAGUAAGGAGAACUGGACCGUCGUAAAAACACUCAGGGGCCACUUGGAAGACGUGUAUGACAUUUGCUGGGCCACGGAUGGGAAUCUGAUGGCUUCCGCCUCAGUGGACAACACGGCCAUCGUAUGGGACGUCAGCAAAGGACAAAAGAUCUCCAUCUUUAAUGAACAUAAAAGUUAUGUACAAGGAAUAACCUGGGAUCCUUUGGGACAGUAUAUUGCUACCCUGAGCUGUGACAGGACCCUGAGGGUGUACAGCACACAGAAGAAGCGUGUGGCUUUCAAUGUUUCAAAGAUGCUGUCGGGCACGGGCGCUGAAGGGGAGGCAAGAAGUUACCGGAUGUUUCACGACGACAGCAUGAAGUCCUUCUUUCGUCGCCUUAGCUUCACCCCUGAUGGGUCUCUGCUCCUGACGCCAGCUGGGUGCGUGGAGUCGGGCGAGAACGUGACCAGCACGACCUACGUCUUCUCCAGGAAGAACCUGAAGAGGCCUGUCGCUCACCUUCCGUGUCCCGGAAAAGCGACGCUGGCUGUCCGCUGCUGUCCCGUCUACUUUGAGUUGAGGCCGGAGGUGGACACAGACGGGCCGUCCCCCGGGCCGCUGGUGGCCCUGCCUUACCGCCUGGUGUUUGCGGUGGCCUCUGAAGACUCUGUGCUCUUCUACGACACGCAGCAGCUCUUCCCUUUCGGUUACGUGGCCAACAUUCACUACCACACGCUGAGCGACGUUUCCUGGUCCAGCGAUGGGGCCUUCCUGGCCAUUUCUUCCACCGAUGGUUACUGUUCAUUCGUGACAUUUGAGAAGGAUGAACUUGGAAUACCUUUCAAAGAGAAGCCAGACUUGAACUCGGGAACCCCUGAGACAGCGAGGAAAACUAAGAGUCAGACGCAACAAGGGUCUCCUCCAGGACCCAGACAGGCGGAGGGGACCCCUGCCGGCAGGACCCAGGACCCCAGCAGUCCCUGCGCUGCUCCCACUCAGGCGAGGCCAGCCCCAGCGGUGGCCAAGGACACGCCCGCGCCCCCGGAGGAGAGGAAGAGCCUGCAGCCCCGCAGUCAGAACAUGGGAGGGCCGCCGCCCCGCCAGGCCGCCCCACACACGCCGCGGGCCUGGAGCAAGACGCCCCGGAGAGUGAACUUGCUGCCCUUGAAGACAGAUACUCCGAAUUCGGAACCGAGCAGUGUGGCGUCAACCCUUCCCACCGAGGACAUGCAGACAGAGAUGCCUGGAGACCCUCGGGGCAGUUCCCCGGAGCUGAAACGGCCCAAACUUGGGGAACAUGACGGCAGUGCCCAAGGUCCGGACCUUUGAGGACAGCUGUCUCGUGCUGGAGGGCGGCCAAGUCUGGGGACUCUGUGUGCAGAGGGACGGGAGCAGGGCUGAAGGCCCCGGACCCGGCGUCAGAGGGGGCCUGGCGGACACUCCUAAAUGGGCUUCUGUAACCAGACGCACGGGGACCGGUUUUCCUCCCGAGACGUUUCCUCCCGUGUCCGAUGCGGUUUGCCUCGGAGGUGCGCGUGUGCCGAUAGGCCGCGUCCUCUGUGGGUGCGUGUCGGACCCGGGACCCGCUCAGCGUUCCCUGCUGGGAGCAGCAGGCGCUGCCGCCCGAGCCACUUCCGUGAGAGUGUGACGCCACGGGCAGCCGCUGCUCUCGCUGGAGCUGGGAAGCGAUGGUGAGGGUUUGUUCCGUAGAGUUCUGGAAUGUUUCCAUGGUUUUUAGAUUUAGAUUUCUAAAUAGCUGACUAAUCUCUGGAAGUUGUUAUACUUGAUUUUUGCUUUCCGGUUUUAAAGGUAAUACGUUCAUUCUAAAAAGUUAAUAAACUAGAGUGAAGUGGGAAAAAACAGGUUGGACCCUGGCCGGGUCGCUCAGUCAGUUACAGUGUUGUCCCAAUGCGCUAAGGUUGCGGGUUCGAUCCCCCAUCCAGGCACAAAGAAGCGAUCAGUGAAUGUAUAAGUGGAACAGCAGGUCAGUGAUUCUCUCUCUCUCUCAGAUCAAUUUUUUAACAAGAAAGAAAUAAAAGAAACAAAAAAAUUAAAGCAGGUUGGGAGUAGGCAUCGCCAUCAUCUCACCCCCAAAAGGAACCCUUGUUACUGUUUUGGCUUAUUUCCUCCUUCACCUUUUUAUUUUGUUUUGUUUUUUCUUUUUAUGGGGAGAGUUGAGAUUUUACUUUAGAUGCCAUUUGGUAUCCAAAUAGGUUAACUUUUGAGAUUGAUUUUUCAAAGCAAGAAAAUGUAACUUCGAAUUUUCACCCGUGCCUCUGCUCUCCCCGGUCCCUGGACGGCGACAAGGUCCCCGUUCCUGUUGGGAAGACGGGGAAUUGGGGCUGUUGCUGCAGGAGGCACAGGGCGGAGCGACUGGGUGGUGGCCCGUGUGGCGGCCGGGGAGCCCCAGUUUAGGAGCUGGCGCUGAGAAGAGGUGUCCCAGCGCAAGGUCAGUGCUGAUGCCGUCACUCUGGCUCAGUGGACACGAGUCAGGUCAGGGCCCUGCGCCCAGUCCUUCCUGCCCCACCUUCCCCAGGUGGGGGCCGCCCGCCAGGUCUCUGACCCUGGAGGGAGAAGACUAACCCGAGUCAGCAGCAAUGGGGGAGGAAGUGGGGGAAAGCUUCCCUGGGCUGCUCAACCUGCGGCCUUAACAAAGAUGAUUUGCCUCGCUUUUAGAUGGGAAGGUGGCAAACUGGGGGCCAUGGACCGUGCGGAGAACUGGAAGGUGGCUGCCUGCAGGGCUGUCACCACGCAGGCAUGGGCCACACAGCGCCAAGACACUUUAAAGUGUCAGAAGUGUCUGUUUUGACCAGAGGCCCCCCAAUGUAGCUGCCCUUGAGAUCCCUUGAAGAGCUGACAAACUCUGACAGCUGGGUCCCCUCUGGAGGGUCUGGCCACAGUGGUCUGGGCUUGGCCUGAACCUUAGGCUCCUUUCAAGGUCCUCAGGGGAUGGUGACUCGCGGCCAAGGUUGGGGAAUCAAAAGGGAAAGCUGUCCCAGACAGGGUCUCUCCCGGUGGGUACCUUCCCCCCAAGAGCGCAUUGUGUCCCGUUCCUGCGUCUCCUCUGUGUCCUCAUUGACCGACAGGAAAGCUUCAGGGCUCCAGACUGGGGGACCCCAGGGUGGUGCUUUCGCUCUUCAGGGAGAAAGGCCCUCUUCAUCUUCCUGCCGCUGGGGUGACCAUGCUUGGAGCUCAUCCCUGUGCAGACAGGAAUGAUGGGGGGGUGGGUUCUCAGGGCCACCCCUCAUGGAGGAGUGUGUUUGGUUCCACGUGUCAGUCUCUGCAGCAAUGACAGGCGGAGGGUGGCAGGGCCCCUCCGGUGUGUGUUUGCAGGCAUGACUCAUUGCUCUGCAGCCACCACCUUGGACGUAAACAACAGUAUCUCAGAGCUGGAGCAGCAUUAGCUUUGUGUCCUGAGCCACACACUGGGCUGCACCAGGCCCUUCACAGGGGUCUCCAGCAGCAGGAGCCUGGCCAGCAGCUCCAGCAGCCCAAGCCCCAGGGCGGCCGCUGGUGAGAACUCAGCACCUGGGUCGGUAGCUGCACGGGGUCCUGUUUGGCUUUUGGGCUGUGUUGCCUGAUUUCUCCAGCAGCGGCUCCGUGGGGCAGGGAGCCAGGGGCCAGUGCAGAUGGGCUGACUGCUGGCAGGACCUGACAUGGGUUCCCUGUGGUCUGGGAGUGUGACUCAGGGACCAGAGCCUGCCCCCACCUGUGUGUCUGAGGAGGAAGGCUGAUGGGUUUGCCGGAGCAUGAAGCUGCCAUUACAUGUGGGGGCACAUGGUGAGGAGGGGGACCCAGUGGGUGGCCAGGCUUGGACCAUCAUGGAAGCCAGUGAAGCAGGGUGUCCAUCACCAGGACAAGGGCACUUCGGUGGGUAGUCAGAAAGGGUGAGGGGCAGUCAGUCUUCCCAGCCGCUGCCCUGGUCCUUGCUGAAGGCACAUCUGCAUUUGAAGGAGGCCAUGGGCCCCUCUGCCAUGGCUCCUGUCCUGGGCCCUGAGGACUUGGAGUCGAGGGGUCAGGGGUGGAGGAUGAGCGGCCGCUCCUCCUGAGCCUGGAGUCUCUUGGGGCCCCUGCAGCUUCCCUUUCUGUGUUAUUUUGUUGUAUUCUGGUCUCUGCUCCCUCUCACCUGGUGAGGGUGUGUGUGUAUGUCUGUCCACCUGUCUGUCUUCGAGACAGACAGGCCUCAGACAACUUACUUCACUUGGGGAAGUUAGUGUACAGCUCCAGAAACGUGGACUUGGCCCACUUUCACAGAGGCGGGGGAAGAGGAUGAAAAUGAGAGGGGGGGUUAGAUGGUUCUAGGCAAGCCACUUCCUUCUGCAUGCUUGCACAUGUGCGUGCAUUCCUGUAGCCACUAGGUGUCACUGUCCCCAUGGAGUGGUCCCUGCUUACGGCCGCCUCAGCCCAAAAGCUCUGCCCCUCUCCCUCCCCCGAGUUUCCCUCUCGGGCUCACCCAGCGCAGCCUUGGACAUUGCUUCAGUCCCUGGGGUCCACACCUGGAGGGUAGCCCGUUCUCCAGCCUGGGUGGGCCCCUGUGCCCGAGUCCCGCUUCCGUCAGCACGGAGAGAGUAACAGCCACUCACCCGGGUCCCCCAGGGAAGCCCUUUCUCCCCAGGCUUUGGCUCUGUGAAGCAGCGAGUCCCGUCCCUUUGAAAGCUGCGGUAACGGAUGCUUAGUAGUGGUGACGUGGGGUCCAUACCUCUCCC